CAAACGCAAGCACCUAGUAAAUACGACCUGGUCACGUGAUAAAUUUCAGACUUUACGAGUUGACAAGUACCGUCCAAAUGCAUGAUUAUUCCUAUAAAUAGAAUUUUUGAAGUGGGCGUGUGCUCGGGAGUCGGUGAGUUCCACUUCCUGUAAAUUGUGUUGACACUGGAGCGGAAAUAGGAAGUUUGACAGUAUAGUUCACAGUCCGCAGUUCUCACACAAUUCUAUGUAACAGACUUAAAACGUCUAUGACAUUUAAAACAGAACAUGGACAAGCUUCGUCGUGUAUUAGGCGGUCAAGAUGAAGAGGAUCAAGGCGGGCUGACUGAGAUCCUGGAUGCGUCCACACUCAGCUACAGCACGCGGUUUAAGUGCUUCAUCGCCUGUUUCGCCUGCGGGGUCCUUUGCUCCAUCCUGGGGACUGCAUUGCUUUUCUUACCAAAAGGCACUCAGCUCUUCGCAGUUUUCUACACACUUGGAAAUGUUGCAGCCUUACUAAGUACCUGUUUCCUGAUGGGUCCGCUGAAACAGUUGAAAAGAAUGUUUGAACCCACCCGGUUGCUGGCGACAUGUGUGAUGCUGCUUUGCCUGAUUCUGACACUGUGUUCAGUCUUCUGGUGGCAAAAAAAGGGCUUGGCAAUCCUUUUCUGUAUACUACAGUUUUUGGCAAUGUCGUGGUACAGCAUCUCCUACAUCCCAUUUGCAAGGGAUGCAGUGAUGAAGUGCUUUACCACGUGCCUGAACUGAACUCCUCAUUCUGCCUGAAUUGAGCUCCACUUCCUGUCUGAGCUGAAUUCCACCAUCAAUGUUUUGAGGCAAACAAAAUUCUUCACUCCUGGUCUUUUCCCAUCUGUAUGGACUUAUUUUAGGAGGUUCUGAUGUUGUGUCCAACUUAGCUAUGCUAGCUAUUCUUGCAUUGUUUUCAGUAUCAUGAGGCAUAAUGAGCGAGAAACUUGGAACACUUCAAUAUUCAAGAAUAGCAAAGACAGAACUUUCAAUGUUUCAAGUAUGGAGCUGAUCAUAUAUGGUUAGUUUAUAGACAAUUUGUGACUCCUGAUUCUCUGUGAGCAGAGCUUCACCUCUUUGUGCUGAACUCAGUCUUUGAAUCAGCUCUUUUUGGCUUGAUCUUAUGCAAGCAUGGCACAUCUGCCAAGGGAAUUUAGUUUCUUCUUCUUGAAUGUAUAAGUAACUGUACAUAUUAUUUCCAAACAUAUUUUUAAAUGGCAUGUGUUUGUUAUUCAUAAUUUAUUGAGUGGACAUGGUUAGUUUUAAGUGAAUAUUUUAAUUAGGGGAGAGAUGGUUAGUUUGGAAUAGAUAAAAAGUAUUUAAGACCUUUUUAAAAUGUGCAUUUUCAUAGAAUGUAAUAGUGCCUUUACUGUCUAAUGUGGAGCGGAGGUUGAGGGAUUGUUAAUGUAGUCUGAAAGACCAUUGAGUCUUUGAUAUGUUUCUUAUUUUGUAUGGAGAACAGUAAUGUUUUUCCCCGUGUUUGCUUUGUAUACUUUUUGUAUACAAAAUUAUGGAAUUGUGUUUUUAAAGGUUGUUAACUGCCAUGAUCUGAUUGUAAAAAUAAGCAAAAAUGUAGGGGUUAUAAAAUAAUUAAUCAUAAAUAAUCAUCACUUCAGAAUUGAUGUCAUAAGAGCUCCCACGUGAAUUUGUCAAUAAUAAGCAUAUGGAUGGUUGCAAUUGAGUGGCUCAGUCAGUAAAUGGGCUCACUACAAAUACAGGCUUGGCCUUAUAUAUUGGCACAGUCAGUAAAGGUUCUGAACGCAAGUGCAAUAUGUAGUGUCUCGGCCAGGAACGAUUUUAGUGACAACAGUCGCACAAAUGCUACCGGUGCCACAAAAUUGCUAGUUCAGUCAUGUGCUAACAGAAUAUGUUUUGCCUCUGCAGGUUUGGUAGUUUUGUGGUCUGCAAUAAUCCUGUUGCGUUAGGCGAUGCAAAAGGGGGUGAGUCAUUUAAAGCAGUGGUUCUCAGGGUGUAGGUCCUGGGGACCCUCUAUGUAUGCUGGUUUUUGUUCCAACCAGAUAAAGUAUACUUCAAUCCCAGAAUUUUAACAAUUUUUCUUUAUUUUUUUUUGGAGAUUUUCAUUUCAGUUUCAGUUUAGAGGGAUCUACCCUGUUAAGCCACAUUAUGUCAGAAAUAGCUAUGCAUGCCAUGAAGAAUAAAAGUCCCAUGUUCUCCAUGGCAUGCAUGUAUAUAUAUUUCUGACAUAAUGCAUAAUGCCUUUUUUAAAUUAUGGGAUUGCAAUUGUGGUUUGAAUGAAAACCAACAUACACAGGGCUCCCCUGGAACCACUGAUUUAAAGCAUUUAGCAUUGUGCAAGUUUGGUGUCGAAUGAUUCAUUUGCAUUUUAACCCAAGACCACGUUUUAAUUUGAACAUUGGUUCAUUGUUCUAUUUUGGCGCUCUUACCAAUGUUCACAAAUGAACAUUGAACGUAAUGGGAUAAACAUAAGAAGACGGAUGGUCAGAGAGGCAGUCUGUACGUCUGCCAAAUUGUGUAAGAAGCAUUUCUUAAAUAAUUAUUUGCAGUAACACCUCUAAUAACCUCUGAUAUAUAACAGCAAGGAAUUUAGAUUUUCAGAAAUUCCAUUUCUGUGGGAACUUAUGCCAAUAGGCUCAGUUCCUUUCAUUGGAGUUGUUACUUACAUGAGACUACUGAUAGUUUAUUUUUAAAUUAAUUUUUUGCUGUAAACUUUAUCUGGUAAUCAAACCAGCUGUAAUCAGAAUAUGAUUAGAACUUGGUUUUUGAACAUGGGCUACAUUAAACAUAAACAAUGAUAAAAAUUCUAAACAUGUCCUCAGUCUGUAACUAUAUUGGUGUCAUCUAUGAAUCUGCUCAUUCUGAAGUAGUGACACUAUGAAAAGAAAACAACGGUUAUUUUUUUCCGCACACCAAACCUGCAUUUAGUGCAUUUCACAAUACACUGCAUUAUUAAAGAAUUAAUAGUGUUAGGUUAGGGGCAGUUUAAGUUUAGCUGGGUUGUCAGAAGAUGCCUUCAGUUCCACAGACUGUCACUUUUCCAGGGCAUAGCAAGAACCAUCUUUAGCUUGCUUAGAACUUUGUAUCUUUCUAAAACUUUUCUUGGUUAUUUGCUUAAUUUUUUUUGUAAUUGGUAGACAUAAACUACAUUAUAAUAUUAAUUUAGCCUUAGUUCAGUUAUUGAUUUUAAAAUGAUUGUACUUGUUAUACAUGUCCUACAAGGCUUUGUACCAGAAUACAUACCUGGAUUUUCAGGGAAAACAUUGGCCCAAACAUGCCCUCUGAUCUUAUGCUAUUAACCUCUCUGUAUUUCAAAGGUUCACGGCAAAAGAGCAGAAUGAUGCUUCUCCUUCCAUGGUCCUAUACAGGGAAACAGCCUGCCUCUUUAGAUCAGAGAGGCAUACACUAAAACUAAACAUUAGUUUAAAAGGUUCAUUAAAACCACGUUUUUACAUUA